UAAACGGUGUAUUCUGAAGUUAAGCGUAUAUGGUCACUAAAACGUGCUUUCAAUCUUCAAAAAUUCAAGUUGUAUUUGUAUUUAAAAUUUAAUCGAAAUGGGUAAAAAGGAUAAGAACAAGAAGAAAGGCAAGGGUGCCGAAAAAACAGCCAUGAAGACGGAUAAAAAACUGGCAGCCAAACAAAAGAAAAUGCUUGAGAAACUCGGGGAGGCGGAUAUUGCGGAUAUUGUUAAAAAACUGGAAGCCCAAGAGCAGAGCUUAACGACCAUAACCGAAAAUGUUUGCGAAGCACCAACCCCUCGCUCCAAUUUCUCGCUAGUAGCACAUCCCGAAAAAGAGGAGCUCAUCCUCUUUGGCGGCGAGCUGUAUAAUGGAGCUAAAGUUUGCAUUUAUAACGACUUGUACUUUUAUAAUAUACCGCGCAACGAGUGGAAGCAACUGCGCUCACCGUCGGGCCCAACGCCACGCAGUGGCCACCAAAUGGUUGCCACAGCUAACGAUGGGGGCCAGCUCUGGCUUUUUGGUGGGGAGCACGCCAGUCCGUCACAGCUGCAGUUCUACCAUUAUAAGGAUCUAUGGACACUCAGCCUAAAGACGCGACAGUGGUCCAAGAUCAAUGCACCGAACGGACCCAGUGCCCGCAGCGGACAUCGCAUGGUCGUUUCCAAGAAGCGUCUCUUCGUCUUUGGCGGCUUUCACGAUAACAAUCAAUCCUAUCACUACUACAACGAUGUGCACGUCUUCUCGCUGGAGACAUACGAAUGGCUGAAGAUUGAAGUUGCGGGCCCAAUCGUGCCGGCUGUGCGCUCCGGCUGCUGCAUGGCCGCCGCACCGGACGGCAAGAUCUACAUAUGGGGUGGCUAUGCGAGGACCUCAAUGAAAAAGGAUCUGGAUCGAGGCAUAACGCACACAGACAUGUUUAUGCUGGAUGUGGACAAGUCUGGCAACGGCAACAAGUUCAAGUGGAGCACUGUCAAGCCCGGCGGCUAUCGUCCGAAGCCGCGCAAUAGCGUUGGAUGCACCGUUGCAGCAAAUGGCAAAGCGUAUUGCUUUGGCGGCGUCAUGGACGUCAACGAAGAUGAUGAGAAUGUGCAAGGGCAGUUCGGGGAUGAGCUGCUCGCCUUCGAUAUGAGCUCGCAGGUGUGGCGCCUGCUGGAGGUCGCAGCCAAGACCAAAGGCAGCUCCAAGCCGGAUAAGGACAAGGUGCACGAUGUAGAAAUGGCUGGCGAUGUGGCGCCAGCUGCCGAGAAGACGGUCACCACCAGCACAGAUGGCAUUUUCACUGUGACCGUGGGCGGUCCUGGGUCCAGUCAAGCUGCCACGCCCUAUGUGUCCAAGAUACCCAGUCUGUUUGGCCCACCGAGGCGCACAGAUGUGCCGUCGCCACGCAUGAAUCCGGGCCUGUGCGUCUGUAAGGGCAUUCUAUAUCUGUUCGGCGGGCUCUACGAGGAGGAUGAGAAGCAGCAUACUUUAAAUGAUUUCUAUGCCCUGGAUCUGCACAAGCUGGAGCAAUGGAAAGUCCUGAUAGCGGGCAAUCAGAAGGCGCACGACUGGAUUGAUGACGAUGAGAGUAGCAGCUCCGACGAGGAGUGCUCCGAUGACGAUGAUGACGACGACGACGACGAUGAUGAUGAUGAUUCAGAAAUGGAAACUGAUUGAAUGCCUAAUACACUGUAUAUAG